UGGCUGGCUUGUCGUCAUUUUAAGAUGGCGCCUUGAAGUGAGCGGAGUAACGCGAAUUUUUGUGCCCGUUAUACUGCCAAGAAGAGUCACUGUGCAAUCGCAACCCAAUCAGGUCCGAGUGCCGCCUCAAAACAAAAACAGUGGUGACCGCGAGUGAAAACACGUAAAUUUCGGAAGUGAUCUGUGUGAUUAUCGGUGGAAAAUUCUAAUUUUCUCGCUAGUGAUUUUCGAGUCCUUGUGAAGGAAAAAUUUCUUUUCGGCUACGUAGCUCAGACAAGAGGUCAUCCAAAAUGGCGUCCGGUUGCAAGUGAUGAAAAUUUUUCGCGAUAGUGAAAAUUAAAUUUCGGUCGUUUAAUGUGACUAUUUAGCUUUGAAUUGAGUAUUUUUCGAUGAAUUGGAUAGAACGCAACAAUUUAAACGUGAAUCCCCGCGAGUUGUAUCCACUUUAGUUUAGAAUUAUAAGGAAAAACCCUUUGGAAUUCGUCAUGAGCCAGUCAAAGGAGGAUAAAAGCGACUCGGACAAUGAGUCUAGCAGCGAUAGCAAAAGCGAGUCCGGCUCGUCGGAAUCGGAAAGCGAAAGCGGAUCCGGCUCGUCUAGUUCCGGUGGUUCCAGCGACAACGAGGAGGACCACCAGCGACGGGACACCAGUGUAAAUACUUCGGCCCAAAACGACGACGAUAACGCGCAGGAUGGAUUGAAACCGGAAGAGAACGGAACCGCUUCCGGGGACGACGGUGAGGACGAUGAAAACAAUUCCAGUGCGAACCACCGGAACAAUGUUAGUAAAUCUGGCGACGAGGAAGAUGAGGACGGUGAAGAGAAUGAUAGUGGCGCGGUCAGUGCCGAGAAAAUGAACCAUAGCGGCGAGACGAAUAACGACAAGUCUCGGAGUAGUGGCCACUCGGAAGGGUCGGGAUCGGAGGAAAGCGGCGAGGAAGACAAUCAGAGCGAGGCACAGAACGGUUCGGACUCGGAAGAUAGUGGCAAACCGAGCAACGCCAGUCAAACUCAAGAUGAUGAUGACGAUGAUGGUUCGGGGAGUCACAAUUCGGACGAUGACAACGAGCAGGAGGAAGAACAUUCGUCAAAAAGUAGUUACGAUGAUGAAGACUAUGCCGCCAAUCGUCGUCGGAAUAAUGCACGUAAGAAGGCAGCGGCUGCCCAGGCCAAACGUAGGACUACUACAACGGCGCAGCCGAAAAAGAAGAAGAGUAGUAACCGUUGGAAAUCGGAAACGUCAGAGGACAGCGAUGCGAGUGAACCGGAUAGUUCCGAUGACGAGGACGACAGCCGAAGCUAUGGGGCCCGCAGAGCUGCAGCAACCAAAAAGCGUCCCGCUCCUGCAGCAAAGUCGAAACCAGCAGCCAAGAAAAAGAAACGAGCUGCAGCUUACUCGUCCGAUGAGGCAAGUGACAGUGAAGGAGAAACGUCGCGGCAGGGCAGAAACCGGAGGAAAACAGCUGUUAGCUAUAAGGAGGCGAGUGGUGACGACGUUACCGAUAGCGAAGAUUUGCUGGAAGUGGACCAGGAAGCCGAGGAAGCUGCUGCUGCGGCGGCUGCCGAAGAGGAGAAGUCUGAAACAAUCGAAAGAAUAAUUGGGCAACGGAUGGGGAAGAAGGGCGCCACUGGUGCGACCACAACGACUUAUGCCGUUGACGAAGGUGGUGAUCCCAAUGAAGGUAUUGAUGAAAAAGAUACGGACAGCAUCGAACAACAGUAUUUGAUCAAAUGGUCUGGUUGGUCGUAUCUGCAUUGCACGUGGGAAUCGGAAGAUACUCUAAAGGAGCAAAAAGUGAAGGGAAUGAAAAAGUUGGAAAACUACAUCAAGCGGGAAAAAGACAUUGAAUACUGGCGGAAAUAUCAAGCUGGACCAGAAGACAUCGAUUAUUACGAAUGUCAACAGGAAUUACAACAGGAUCUGCUGAAAAGCUAUUAUAAUGUGGAACGCGUUAUAGCGCAGGUGGAGAAACCAGAAGGCGGAAUCGAUUAUCUGUGUAAAUGGGAAUCUCUUCCGUAUGCGGAUUCAACUUGGGAGGAUGCCAGUUUGAUAGUGAAAAAAUGGGAAACGAAGGUGACUGAGUUUCAAGACAGAGAUAACAGUAAGAGGACACCAUCGAAGCACUGUAAAGUAAUGAAGAGCCGACCCAAGUUCCACCAUUUGAAAUCUCAACCAGAGUACCUUGGGGAGGAUCGAGGCUUGAAGCUUCGAGACUACCAAAUGGACGGUUUAAAUUGGCUGGUUUUGACGUGGUGCAAAGAAAAUUCUGUCAUCCUGGCCGAUGAAAUGGGAUUGGGUAAAACGAUCCAGACCAUUUGCUUUUUAUACUACCUGUUCAAAGCACAGCAACUGUAUGGACCAUUCUUGUGUGUGGUACCGCUAAGUACUAUGACCGCGUGGCAACGAGAAUUCAACAUUUGGGCACCGGAGAUGAACGUAGUGACGUACCUCGGUGAUGUGCCGUCACGUGAAAUCAUCCGUCAAUAUGAAUGGUGCUUCCCCAACCAGAGGCUUAAGUUCAAUGCUAUUCUAACGACGUACGAGAUUCUGCUCAAGGACAAAACUUUCCUGGGAAGUGUCAGUUGGGCGGUUCUUUUGGUUGACGAAGCACAUCGUCUCAAGAACGAUGAUUCUCUAUUGUACAAAGCAUUAGAAGAGUUCGAUACGAACUAUCGUUUAUUGAUCACCGGAACACCGCUCCAAAACUCCCUCAAAGAACUGUGGGCUCUACUCCACUUCAUCAUGCCAGGCAGGUUCGACACGUGGGAAUCAUUUGAAAGGCUUUACGGCAACACCAGUAAUGAUAAAUCGUACACCAAACUGCAUAAGGAACUCGAGCCCUACAUUCUUCGGCGAGUGAAAAAGGAUGUGGAAAAAAGUCUUCCGGCAAAAGUGGAACAAAUUCUUCGAGUAGAAAUGACAUCUAUCCAACGGCAGUACUACAGGUGGAUUCUGACAAAGAACUUUGAUGCUUUGCGGAAAGGUACUAAAGGUUCGAUCAACACAUUCCUAAACAUUAUGAUCGAACUGAAAAAAUGCUGCAAUCAUGCUUUGUUGACCAAACAAGAGGAGUUUGAAAAUCAGACGAACCAGGAUGAGGUGGUGGUUCAGUUGCUGAAAGGGUCUGGGAAACUGGUACUGCUAGACAAGUUGUUAUGUCGCCUGAAGGAAACUGGCCAUAGAGUGCUGAUAUUUUCCCAGAUGGUACGGAUGUUGGACAUUCUGGCAGAGUAUCUUCAGAAGAGACAUUUCUCCUUCCAGCGACUGGAUGGCAGUAUUAAGGGCGAACUUCGGAAGCAGGCGUUAGAUCAUUUCAAUGCGGAAGGGUCAACGGAUUUCUGUUUCCUAUUAUCAACUCGUGCCGGUGGAUUGGGUAUCAAUCUAGCCACUGCUGACACGGUCAUCAUUUUUGAUUCAGAUUGGAAUCCACAAAACGAUCUGCAAGCACAAGCUCGGGCACAUAGGAUAGGUCAGAAAAAUCAGGUCAACAUUUAUCGAUUGGUUACUGCGCGAUCGGUGGAAGAAGAUAUUGUAGAGAGGGCGAAGAAGAAGAUGGUGUUGGACCACUUGGUCAUUCAACGGAUGGAUACAACUGGUCGGACGGUACUGGAUAAGAACGGAGGAAGUAAUGCGACUAAUCCGUUCAACAAGGACGAAUUGUCAGCGAUUCUGAAGUUUGGUGCCGAGGAAUUGUUUAAGGAGGAUGAGGAAGGAGACGAUGAACUGGUAUGUGAUAUUGAUGAGAUUCUGAAGCGGGCGGAAACUAGGGAUGAGAAUCCCGAAAUGCCGGGCGAUGAACUGUUGUCGGCUUUCAAUGUGAAAACGUUUGAUUUUGAUGAAGAAAAGGAAACUUCUGCGAUUCGAAACACCGUAAAACCACCGACGGAAGCCGAACAGGAUGGUGAUACUAAAGACUGGGAUGAGAUUAUUCCGCAAAAUUACCGGGAGCGGGUGGAAGCUGAAGAACGGAACAAAGAGUUGAACGAUCUGUAUCUGCCCCCGCGACGAAAAACUCUUCAGCAACUGAAUCAAGAGGAGGGUAGCGGUGGUAAGAAAAAGCGGAAAAGACAAGCCGAUGAUGACACCGAAGACGAAUCUGAUGGAAGUGAGGAUGGAAAAGCCAGUAAGAAAGCGGGUACGAGGGGAAGACCUUCCAAUAAGGAGAAAAUUCCAGGUUUUUCGGACAAUGAGCUGCGAAGGCUCAUCAAGAGCUAUAAGAAAUUCCCAGCACCACUGAAACGAUUAGAAGCAAUCGCAGUAGAUGCCGAGCUUCAAGAAAAACCUCUUUCCGAACUAAAGCGGGCAGCCGAGAUGUUGUACGAUCGAUGUGUUCAGUUCAUGGAACAGUCCAAAGAGAAUGACGAAAAAGAGAAAACUGCCGAAGAGAAGGCUAAACGAGGUCCUCGAGCAGCUUUUUCCAUUCGUUUCGGAGGCGUCUCAUUUAACGUAAAAACUCUGCUGCAGUGUGUCGAAGAACUGGCUCCAUUGGAUGAUUUUCUACCUCAAGAUGCGGAUGAACGAGCUAAAUGGAUUCUCAACAUCAAAACCCGUUCCGCCAACUUCGACGUUGAUUGGAACAAUGAAGAUGAUUCUCGGCUACUUCGAGGAAUCUAUCAGUUCGGCAUUGGUUCCUGGGAAGCAAUGAAAAUGGAAGAAUCUUUACAAUUAUCGGACAAAAUUUUAUUGAACGAAGCCGAUAAGAAACCUCAAGCCAAACAUCUUCAAUCGCGUUCCGAGUAUUUGCUGAAGAUUAUCCGCAAGCACAUUGAACUGAAGAAAGGAAUUGGUAAGAAGCCUCGCAAGCAACGCAAACCACGCGGUGAUAGUAAAGCAAUCUCUGCGGAAAUGGUGCAUUCUCCGCUGUCUCCCGGUAAGGACGAACCUGAGAACAACGAAACAUCCUCAACGGAAGAUAAAAAGACCUCCGUGUCAAAUGUUUCCAAAAUCAAGAAAUUGUCUGAAUCGGAUUCGCAUCACCAUGAGCACGAUACGAAUUCGAAUGGUCCUAAAGAAGAUCAAAAGGAACCUCAUAAAGAUAAAAAAGAACGAAAGAAAAGGGAAACAAAGACUAAGGAAACUAAAAAAGAGAAAAAGAAGAAGAAUACGGGACCAAUGCACUUCACGGCUAAUAACGAACCGUGUGCGUUGAAUAUUAUCGGAGAUCUGGAUCCGAAUGUAUUCAACGAGUGUAAGGAGAAGAUGCGACCGGUCAAGAAGGCACUUAAAACACUCGAUAAUCCUGAUCAAACACUGCCGGCGGAGGAACAGGUGAGCCAAACGAGAGCCUGUCUGUUGAGUAUCGGUAAUCAAAUAAACCAGUGUCUCUUGGUCUACAAAGACCCGGAGAAAAUCAAAGAAUGGAGAAGCAAUCUGUGGUAUUUUGUGUCGAAAUUCACUGAAGUCGAUGCAAAGAAGCUUUUUAAAUUGUACAAGCAUGCGCUGAAAAAACGUGGCGAAGGUGACGACGGACAUGUUUCCAGUGAAAAAAAGAAAGAUCACCAUCACCAUCAUGGCCAUCAUCACCACGGUCAUGGUCAUGGGCAUCAUCAUCACCAUUCCAAGGAUGGUGGGAGCUCCGCUCAGAACUCACCUGUCAAGGAAGCUAAAGACAAAUCGGACAAGACUUCGAAAAGCAUUCCAGGCACACCACAAGCUCUGCAAACGUUGGGUAAAAUCAAAAAGAUUAGCAAGAAAGACAACAAUCGGAAUCAACAGCAGAGUGCAUUGGUGGUGUCGACGCCGUUGGCUGAAAGGGAAAAGGAGAAACCGUUGGCCAGCGAACGACGAGAUCGGAAGGAGAAGAAACGCUUACACGGUGGAACUGGCGCACCAGACCGGGGUGGUGAUGACAGCAAGGAUGAUAAUUCGUUUGCGGCAAAGCGCAAAUUGGAAGACGGAGAAUUGGACGAGAAUAGCAAAGAGUAUAAGCGGUUGCAUGGUGAUGGAAGGAACAACCGAGAUCGGGACAAAAAGUGGGACGACUAUGAUCGGGAUAGAGGGCCGCGGGGUGGUGGCAUGUCCCGUGGUCCUCCCGGCACACCACAAGGAAUGCGGGGUGGAAUGUUCCAAGAUGGAGGAGGGCGCGGUGGUCCUUAUCCGGACGAUCGGUGGAAUAGUCGAGACAGGUUUAGUGACCAUAAACGGGACCGAUACGACAAUUACAAUCGACACCCGCCAUCAAACUAUCACCGCGAUCAUCGAGAUCGGGAUCGAGGUGAUCGAUCCUACAAGGAUAAGCGAAGUAGGUACCCGCCCAAUACAGGAGGUUAUCAGAACAAUCAUUACGGCAUGCCUCCAAGUAAUUACUAUCCUCCGGGUGAUAAUCCUUAUCGAUACGCAGCCGGUUAUGACCGGGGUGGAGGACCCCCGGGUGGGGGAAGUGGUGGUUCAGGAGGCGACUUUAUGGACUACAGAGGUGGUGGUGGUGGCGGUGGUGCCGGUAGUGGCAGCGGAGGCGGUGGAGGACGAGGAGACUACGAAAGAAGGCCGCCACCUCCCGCAAGCUCGUAGCUUACAAGAGAGAACGUUGAAGAUGAUCCAAUAGAAAAAAUAGCCACAAACGCAGUAAAGCUGUGCAUGUUAAAAGCUAGGAUCUAAAUUAGACUUUUCUCAAUAUAGUUGUACAGAACAAAGGACAGAUUAUUUAACUCAGAAGAUGCUAUAUAACCUGAUAUAUAGUGAGAGCAAUUUGGUACUUUUUGAUACCACCUUAGGGGCAUAAUUUCUAGAAAUUAGUUAUUUUCUCAGACUAUUGAGAGAAUCUUGUUUUAAACUCGAUUUAUAAUUUAUUAAGCCGCAACAUUUUCAAGUAAACGAGAAAGAAGGAAUUCUAUUAGUUUUUUUGUUGUACAAAAUCCCCAUUGUGAAAUGAACUCAACUAAUUUGUUUUUUCAACGUGUAAAUUAGUAAUUUUCGGAUACCUCAAUUUUGUCGUCCUUGGUGAGAUCAGCAGCAGAAGCAUGUUGUUUUAGUCACCAAACACAAGCACAGCGACGUUGUGUAUGUAAAUAGUAGGCGCGAAUAAAUUCGUUUCUUUGUGUUCAUGUGGAUGUUCUAUCGAAUGCCGUCUUUUAUUUUUGUGGCAUGUACAGUUGUAUAAAUUUAAUACAGGAGUUAGUUUAUAAUAAAUCCGCAUACUGGAACAAAAGUAACAACACUCUACCAAGUGAAACUACGGUGUGAAUGUGCGCUAAAGACUGGCAAUUUUUGUCUUAGCUUUUAAGGCUUAGGAGGAAAUUAAUUUACCAACUAUUUUAAUUUAUAUCAACACAAAUCUAUGGUCGAAAGGAAUACGAAGUCGUUCGUAACCGAUGAAUAACAAACAUGUUUCAGGUCGUUUUUUCGUCGAAGUAGAAAAAAAAAACUCAUGCAGAAAAAAACCUUUUGAAGUUCUAAAACUGAAGUUCUAAAUCCUGCACAUAGGAUCUCCUCAUAAGACGAAAAAAUCAUGUUUAUUACAACAUGUAGGCAAACGGUGAAAAAUAACAACCUGCCUAAAACAAAAAUUAAUCAGCAAAAGAAUAAAAAUAAAAACCUUAUCAACAGUG